AUGGAUGGUGUAUUGUAUAAUGCUGCAAUCAAUGGAUUAAGCGACCACAAUCUGUUUGUUAAUGUGGACAAAAACAGAUCCCACGACCAAAACAACACUAUUCUUCAUAUAGCAGCUAAAUCUGGGAAUUUACAGCAACAUAAUAUAAAAGAAGAUCAUCUGCUGCAUUUUCUUUACAAGCAAAACAAUGAAGGAAACACUUCACUUCACAUUGCAGCAAAGUUAGGGCAUCUGGAUACUAUAAAAAUUCUAGUGGAAAUGGCAAGAAAGACAGAUGUUGAGCAAAACAAGAAGCUGCUGACCAUGGAGAAUAAUGAGAAAGAUACAGCGCUUCAUGAAGCUGUUCGCCAUAAUCACUUGGAGGUUGUCAAGUUACUAAUUGAAGAAGACCCCAAUUUGGCAUUUCUAGUAAACGAUUUUGGGCGUCUGGUUCUAAAACAAAUUCAGGCUUUAACAUUAGAACAAGCUGAUGAUUUUGGAUGGACUCCUCUUCACUAUGCCGCACAUAUUGGCAACGAGAAACUUGUUGAAGGAUUUUUGAAAAAAGAUAGUAAGAGCCUUCCUUUCUCAAGGAACAAAGAAGGUAUGUCAGCCCUUCACAUUGCAGCAAAGAAAGGACAUAAUGCUGUCAUGAAAGUGCUGAUGAAAAGAUGUCCAGAAGUUUGUGAGUUGUUGGAUAACAAUGGUCGGACAGCUCUUCAUAUUGCAGUGGAAAGUAGAGAUGAAAUGGCAGUGAAAUUUUUCCUAGAACGGGCCAUGGCAUUUCAAGAUCUUAUAAACCUGAAAGAUAAGAAAGGAAAUACAGCUUUGCAUGUAGCCGCUACUAUAGGAGAUUUCCAUAUUUUAAAAAGUCUUACAAAUGACUCAAGAAUUGACAAAGGAGCUACAAAUAAGGACAAGGAGACAUUUGUCGACAUAAUCCUAUCAAACAAGGAGCUACAAGAUACUGAAAUGUUGAAGAUCAUGGUGAAUUUGGAGAUAGAAAUUGUUUUACCACCACGCUCUGAACAGAAGGUGGAUACAAGAAAAACAAAUGAAGCAGAGAGUAAGGAAAAGAAAAAAGAUAAAAUACAAAUUGAAGAAGACGAAGCCGGUUGUAAGCAGCAAACUAAUGAAGCAGAGAGUAAGGAAAAGAAAAAGGAUGAAAUACAAGCUUAAGACAAUGAAGAAGCCGACAGGAAACAGUUUGAAAAGAUGGUAAUGGUAUCAUCAGACAAGAAGAACACGUAUAAAAAUGAAGGAGGAUUUGGGACUAUGAUGAAGG